AUGAACUUUCACCAGAACCGCGCGGCCGCGGCCCAGGAAGAGGGUGCGCUCCCUCACACGGAUAGACAUGCCGAGAAACACGGGGUUACCCCUAACGGAUCCCAAGCGCCCCCGAGGUACCAGCGCCUGUUUGGCCCGUUUGGUAGGAGGAACGCCCACCCGGCCGACGAUACCGCUGUCGCUACGGGCGCCGUGCCGGCCACAACGGGGGCUGCGGGUGCUACGGGUGCUACGGGUACUACGGGCACCCAACGGGGAUGGAGGCGGAACAACAAAGUUCAUUUCUUUGUGGAAUGGCUCAAGUACACGUGGAUCGAUAUCGCGACGAUUCUCGUCAUUGGGAUAAUAACAUUAGCUCUCUUUUUGUCGUCACCUGUCGGAGGUAGAAGAUUUCCUAUCACGUACCCAAUGCAGCAAGCUCUGGCUUCGGGACAGAGUGUCGGGACGCAAAUUGUCGAUGCUAGCCUCGCUUACCCGUACCGUGAAUGGACCGUUCCGUCGUGGCUGGUGGCGAUUCUCGGAUUCUUGAUCCCCGUCAUUGUCAUUGCUCUAUUCCAGCUGCGCAUUCACAGCCUCUGGGACCUGACCAACGGUGUAAUGGGCAGCGCCUAUGCUAUCAUUAUCGGCGAGUGCACGCACGUUUUCCUUAAAACCAUCAUUGGUGGGUUUCGGCCACACUUCCUCGAGGUCUGCGACCCGGAUCCUGCUAAGUUCGGAACGGGCACGGGCUACGGCAAUAUCUAUUUCUCGACGGACAUCUGCCGGGGUAAGGAUAAAGACCUACUCAAGCAAGCGAUGACUUCUUUCCCCUCUGGCCACGCUGUUUGCGCGUUUGCAGGAUUGGGAUUCCUCUUCUUUUACCUCAACGGAAAGCUCAAGCCAUGGAGCAACUAUAGGCCCAUGGCUUGGGAGAUUGCCGCGACCCUUCUGCCUCUCCUGGGAGCCUUGCUUCUUGCCUGCUCGGUACUUGUUAAUGCCAACCAUCACGGACACGACGUGGUCGUGGGAGGGGUCAUUGGCUUCCUCAGCGCCAUGGCCGUGUACCGAACUUAUUAUGCGGCGAUUUGGGACUGGCGGUUUAAUCACAUUCCCAUGAAGCCCCUCAAAUUGGUCGAGUACGACCUCGCGAGGGAGGAGAAUCUGCGCCGUGUCGUCUUUAAGAAGGGCUUCUGGCAUGCCGGACGCGCAGGGCCGGUCAAGGCCGGCCCGGGGAUGACGGGGGCGGCGGCGGGCGCUAACGGGGUCGGCAACGGACACGAACAUCACGCCAGCCACGGAAUGGCCCGGCGCGGUCACGGAGUUUCCAAUGGCCACGGCUUGGAUAACGGUCACGCGCACGGUGCUAUCAACGGUCACGAUGCCGGAUACGGACACAGCCACGGAGGAAUUCGGAACGGUGUUGGCCGCCGGCCGGUGGGUGCGCCACCAAGUCACCAGGACUUCACCGAAGACAUAGUCUAG